AUGGGGCCUGAAGAUAUUGUACGUCCAAGUACUGAAAAGAACCGAACUGUGUAUGAACAAGGCUUUCGUAUCUGGACAACGCUUCAUGCGCGUGCUCGACAGGAACACAGCCUGCCCCAAACUUGUUUCCAGAUCCAGGACGCAUUUCAACAGUUACCUCCCUUGGUCCAUGGCCUGGAUCUGAAGUGUGAGUAUAACUGCCUCUACGCGACCGGAACGUCGAUUUGGGGAACUUCGCAGGGACAAUGCAAGAUACCACCUGUGGAAAAGAGACUUGAGCUACCAGUUUCUAUCAACCACUCGACACGGCUUUUGCUCUCUGAAAGCCUGGAGCCGACCUAUCAGAAAUGGUUUAAUCGCGAAGGAAAUCACCUUUCUCACGCGGAAUACGGCAACAACGAGAGAGACGAACACACCCAAGUCAUGGUGGAUGUAGGAGAUGUUGGAGAUGAUGCGGCCAGAUGGUGGGCCGCUGUUUUGUCCCCUGGUGAGGGAUGGCAGGCUUACCUUACAUGGGAGCAAGCAAGAUUCCGAUCGCCUUGGUCGACUGCUUUGGAAACCCAGGCGAAAUUUACGCUUUCCUGCCGCAAGCCACUCUGCCAUACCUCAACUACCGCACCUUCGUUCACCACUGCAGUUCGUUUUCUUGCAGAAUACUGCAAUCUACACAACAUUGUUGACCAAACCCUGGCAGCACUAUCUUCAGCAUUGUUUCUUCCUUCGUUGCAUACAAAGAAAAACCCAAUAUCACUCCCGAAGCCCAAUUGUCAUAAGAGGCCAAGGCUGAAGCCAGCCAUAUCAGAGCCGACUGAGCAGAAACAACCUGGCUUUAUAUCAGAGCAGAUAGUGUCAGAGCUGGACAAACUUUUGACAUUGAGUUGCAACACACGAGGUCUACACUCUCUUUUGUCGAGUGUAUUUUAUGAACCUGGAAUACCUUGCAAUGCCGUAAGCCCAUGGCUGCAGUCUACAUUCACUGUUCUUGACUCUGUGAGGGAUGACCAUCUACUUGCUCAUAUCAUGAUGAACCGAGUCCCGCAAGUUUCUUUCCUUUGGCUUGGUGGCAUUAUUGUGGGUACUCACAAGAACGUCCUCCAGGAUGGUCGAUUCGGCCUACUGCCGAUUGAACUCCAUGCUGCAUCAUGGUGUGGUGUCACACAAUCAUUUUUGCAGGAACCUGUCUCCCAACCCCCAAUUACUAAUGAGACACUUUUACGGUCAGAUGAGUGCCGACUUCUCUAUCUGACCCAAGCAGAACGGCACACUCGGUGGCCGGUGUCUCCAUGGAUGCCUUUCGGUACCACGGCACUUGAAGAUGCUGAAAUUGAGGUCCGUCUACAUGCACAGUGUACUGGUCACGGUCUUCAAUAUGCGGAUUGGCAUUGGGCUUGUCGAAAUGGUAAACUGCUACAUCCAUUGUGUGUUAAAGCCACUACAUCUGCCCGUCCACCGGCCCAGCACCUGGCAAUAAAUACACCCAUCAAAUACGAAGCUCUAAAUCUCGAGGAAGAAUCAGCAUCAGAAAAUGCUACACGAAAUAUCUUUGGCUGGCUCCGAAUUGAUGGCUACCCCCCACGGGAACAGGGUAUAAGUAACCACGAGUGGAUCAAUCUUGGUGAAUCUGAUAAUGAAUCACCAUUCCUGAAUGAGCCACCAAAGAGCCAUGCAGCCCCAGCAUCAAAAGCUGUGGUGGAAGACUGGAUACAACGCAACAUUCUGAUACCUGACUCAAUGAUGGAUCCGUCACAGAUUUGA